CGCGGAGCUGAAAGCUGAGCGACAGCAGGCCUACAUCUACCAACAUCGUCGUUCAUUUUGUUCAGACGGACCUCCGGUCAGCAGGGAUUACCAUUCUGCGCGAUCAUGUGUGUGUGAAGCGGGCAAGAUCUUCGAAAGAUGGUUCGGGAAACCAGACACCUCUGGGUGGGAAAUUUACCCGAACAUGUUCGAGAGGAAAAGAUCGUGGAACAUUUCAAACGGUAUGGGCGCGUGGAGAGCGUCAAAGUCCUACGAAAGCGAGGGUCAGAGGGUGGUGUGGCAGCCUUUGUGGAUUUUGUGGAUAUCAAAAGUGCACAGAAGGCUCACAAUGCAGUCAACAAGAUGGGAGAUAGGGACCUACGGACAGACUACAAUGAACCUGGGUCAGUACCGAGUGCUGUUCGGGGCCUUGAUGACAGCUCUCCCUCAAGCAGUCGUGACGUUGCUGGAUUCUCUAGGGGAACCGUUGGGCCAGUCUUUGGUCCACCGGUGUCUCUUCACACGAGAGAGGGACGUUAUGAGCGGAGAAUAGAUGGUAGCUCAGAAAGCCGUGAGCGUGCCUACGAUCACAGCCCAUAUGGACACCAUGAACGCAGUGGAACUUUUGAUAGACAGCGUCACUACAAUGCAGAUUAUUACCGUGAACGUUCAUUGUUUGCCACGGCUGGUCCAGGAAGCAGUGGCAUUGGUGGAACUUUUGAUGCGUCUGACCCACAUUUUGACUCUAGAAUUCGUGACCCCUUCUCCCUUACAAAUGCCUCGAGGCGUGACCUCUACAGAGAUGACAGAGGACGACGUGUUGAUAGGACUUACCAUCAUCGUCGGAGCAGAUCAUCUCAUUCCUCUCAAUCGAGACAUCCCUCUCCACAACGUUUAACAGGACAGACAGCUAAAUCUGGUCAUUCUCCAAAAAGAACACCUUUGUCUCCUGGAAGAGGCCCGCGUUCCCAAUCACGCAGCCGAUCAUCCAGUUCAGAUUCCGUGAGCAGUACCAGCAGCACAGGGAGUGCCAGUGACUCCAACAGUAGUUCAAGUGAUGGAUCCCGAGCUCGUUCUGUUCAGUCAUCUGCUACACAUGCACCACAGUCCUCCAUGGUCCUCGAUUCAGAGGAGCCACGUAGAAGCUUUGGAAUAAAAGUGCAAAACUUGCCAGUACGAUCAACAGAUACAAGCCUAAAGGAUGGACUUUUCCAUGAAUUCAAGAAACAUGGGAAAGUGACUUCAGUGCAGAUACAUGGGGCCUCUGAGGAUCGUUAUGGUUUGGUGUUCUUCAGGCAGCAGGAAGAUCAAGAGAAAGCCCUUAGUGUCUCCAAAGGAAAGCUCUUCUUUGGCAUGCUCAUUGAAGUUACAGCUUGGAAUCGUCCAGAAACGGAGAGUGAAAAUGAGUUCAGGCCCUUGGAUGGCCGGAUAGAUGAGUUUCACCCAAAGGCCACGAGGACGUUAUUCAUUGGAAAUCUUGAGAAAACGACUAGUUAUCCACAGCUUCUUGACAUUUUUCAGCGAUUUGGAGAAAUUGUGGACAUUGACAUCAAGAAAGUGAAUGGAGUCCCCCAGUAUGCCUUUGUUCAGUAUUCUGACAUUGCAAGUGUUUGCAAGGCCAUAAAGAAGAUGGAUGGGGAGUAUCUAGGAAGCAAUAGACUCAAGCUUGGUUUUGGGAAGAGUAUGCCAACGACCUGUGUAUGGCUGGAUGGUUUGGCUACAAAUAUUACAGAGCAAUACCUCACACAGCAUUUCUGUCGCUAUGGACAUGUAGUCAAGGUUGUCUUUGACAGGAUGAAAGGCAUGGCCCUCAUCUUGUAUAACAACACAGAUUUUGCCCAGAAUGCUGUACGGGAAACAAAAGGCUGGAAGAUCAGUGGUAACAAAAUAAAGGUGGACUUUGCUAGUCAAGAGAGUCAGAUGGCCUUUUACCGGUCGAUGCAGGCAUCUGGUCAAGACAUAAGAGACAUCUAUGAAAAUCCAGCUGAAAGACGAGAAGACCGCAGACCACCAUACCAUGAGUUCACGACAGAAAGGGCGUACUAUGAAAACAUUCGUACCCCUGGCCUCUAUCCGGAAGAUGCUCGUAGGGACUAUGCUUCUCGCAGCAGAGAUCGUUUUCCUGAACUGGAGCAUUACCCAGGGGACCAUUUUGACCCACGUUAUCAUGAAGACCCACGGGAGUACAGGGAUUACAGGGAUCCUUUUGAGCAAGAUAUUCGAAAAUACACAUAUAUCCAAAGGGAGAGAGAACGGGAGCGAGAACGUUUUGAGGCUGACCGCAGCCGCUGGAGUCCUUCUCAUGCACGACGGCCAAUUACUCCUGCAGUGUCGCCUUCACCAUCGGAACGUGCCCACAGAGAUUCUGAGCGACGGGUGUAUAGUCAGUCGUCAGACAGAAGUGGCAGUGUAAGCUCAUCAUCUCCUCCGCACUUCGACAAAGCUGAGAAGCCCUUAUUGGAUCAUGCUUCGAAAAGCGACAAGAAUGAGAAAAGCAGUCAAGCUGAUCGUGGCACCAGUUCCGAAAAAUCCAAGCGUGCCAAAAGAAAAGAAAAAGGUGAAAAAGAAAAGACGGAGAGGGUUAAAUCAAGAAAAUCAAAGGGUCAAACUCCACCCAACCCACGACCAGAGGCAGAGAACGAUACUUCCUUAGAAGGCAGUACUGGGAGAGGAAGGGGACUGGAGCAAGACUCUCAUGACAGGCCAAAAUACAAAGUGGACAAUGAGACUGUGGCAAAUCAGUUAUUGACCGUGCAUCCUGACUCAAUUAAAACUGAAAAAUUGGAAACCGGUAAAAUCGACAAUUCCGACAUGGAGGGGAAAAAUCGUGUAAAGAAACAUUUAAAGUCAGACAUUGGACAAGAUGGAAAAGAAUCAUCAGUGGAUUCUGAUCGGCUUGCUGCUCGCAAAAGGAGGUUUGCAGACUCCAGUGGAAGGCCUAUUCGUCAGAAGAGAACAAAGCUUGAGGAAGAAGAAUCAAGCCAACCCUCAGACGUUGGUGACAGUGGUGCAACAUAUUUAAAAGAAGCAGAAUUGGAUAAACGCAAAGAUGCACAUAGAAGAGAUGUGCGGAUCAAAGUGGAAAAAAAUGAUCAGGAUGACCUUCGAGCUCCCAAAGAAAAAGCUGAUCCUAUGGACUCUUUGGACCCAAAAAGACACACAGGUCACAGUUCGAGGCGUUUUUCACUUGAGGGAAAUUCAGACAUUUCAGACAGUGCUAGAGAACAAGAAAGCAACCCGUUGCUGAAAUAUAGUGGUCACUCUCAAGAUAAUGAUAAAGGUACCAAGAAAAAGGAAGACCAUGUUGACAUUGACUUAUCUCAGAGUUGUCGUAAGCAAAUGGAGCUAAAUAGGCGUUUGCAACAACAACAAAAGGAGCCUGACAAGCCUGACAAAACGGGUGGUCCACAAGUAAAUGAAACUGAAGAUCUUGAGCACCGUAGCCUCGUGCAUGAAGUUGGCAAACCACCCGAGGACGUCACUGAUAACUUUCCAUCUCAUAAAGUGAAGAAAAUGGAUGCAUUUGACUCUGAACCAGCAAUAAAAAAAGAGCGUGUAUACAGAAGACAAAAAAGUGAAGAUCCUGAGUGGAUGAAUGCUUCACCUGGACGCCACUUUUCGGUCAACGCAGAUGAGUUUGGAGGAACUGAUAAUCCUCAGAAGGACCUUGCCAGAAAUGAUGAUAAAGUUCACACAGAUUUGGAGUUGUUGGUUAAAAGGACCCAUAGCACACAGGUGACCAAAUCAAAUGUGCAUUUGAGCACUGAAGACGAACAACAGAAGAGAUGGGAAAGCAGAGCAAAGCACGAUUUGUUAAAUGACCUGAACUUUUCUCGAACAAGUAAAAGCAUUCACAAUCGCAAACGACUGGAAUAUGGUGUUUGGCAAGAUUUGGAGCCUGGCGAAGUGAGAUCCGACUCUGAAGAGGACAAGGAGACUAAACCGCACUCGCCUGUAGCGUCCACGUCAAUGCCAUCAUUGGAAAGACCCAGGGUUGACAGGUUUUCAGACCCAAAACUAGCGCACCUGGAAAGGAAUAAAUUCUACUCAUUUGCACUUGACCAGAACAUUACACCAGAUACAAAGGCCUUACUUGAGCGCGCAAAGUCUCUUUCAUCUUCCAGAGAGGACAAUUGGUCGUUCUUGGAUUAUGAUUCUCACUUCGCUAAUUUCAGAAACCGGAAGGAUACGGAAAAAGUAGAAUCUGCACCACGACAAACACCAGCGUGGUACAUUAUAAAGAAAAAGAUAAGAAGUGGAUCAGAGGACAAGCUGGAUGACCGGAAGGAAGAGCCAAAACCAGAAGAGCAGGAGCGCCGGGAGUUAUUCGUUUCUCGCUUUCUUCACAGCCCAGUGUUUGAACUGGAUUCUAGACGACUUCAACACUUGGUCCGCAAACAAGAACCUGAGCCCAUACAAAGUCAGCCCUGCCAACCUGGGUCAGUAGAUGGAGAUCUUGAAACAGGUCCUGUUGUCUUAUUCCACAGUCGUUUUUUGGAGUUUAAAAGGCUGCAACAGCAGAAAGACAAAACUGAACAACCGCAGGAAGCAAACAGUGACCACCAAGUUUGUGUGGAUGAACAUACAUCAGAGAAGUCAACUGCUCAUGAGCAAAAACCUUUGCAGAAUGCUAAAUUGGAAUCUGAAGUUGAGCCAGAAAUAAAACCAAUCAGUCCUGUGGAAGAGCUUCCCUCUGAGCCCAAGUGUGAACCUUGUUCUGAUAGCAGCCCGGUGCCUGCUCUGAAGGACCAUUCUCAAGAAGAGAAAAAUGAUUCCUCUCACCUUGCAGCUGAAACAAUUCCCAAUGUUCCUUCAACUGAGGAAGAGGUUAGAAAAGUUGAAGAGGAACCAGUUCACAUGGACUCUCCAGCACCUGAGGCAACUGAGAUUACCCAAAUACAAGAAACAAGCUGUUUGAAUGUACCGUGUAGACCAUCCUCAGUUGAAGAGAAACAAGAUGAUUCCCAAGAUUUAAAAGUCCCCAGUACUGAACAGCAAUGUCCAAGUGAUGGUCUUGAAGAAUUGGUUAGCAAUUCAGAACCGGAGUUUGAGCCUGACAGUGCACAACUACAAGUGGCAAAAGCAUCAAGUCCUUCCCCACCGAGUUUUGUCGAAGAGGAAGAUGUCAAAAAGGAGUCCAACUCUGCACCUAAUUCAGUACCAGAGGAAAGUGCCAUUGAGACCCAAACAGUUGAAAUGUCCAAUGAUGAUAUCAUUAAUGAGCCAAUUUCUCCGCAGAAGGAAGCAAAAGUUAAGGAAAUUAAAAAUAAAAAGGGCAAACAAUCCCCCGUUGACAUUUCACCUGUUACUACUGCGCCUGGAUCUGAAAAGCCUGCAACUCGCAAGAGUGAACGCAUUGACAAAGAAAAAUUAAAACGUGGAUCCUCUCCUCGAGCGGAAUCUAAAUCCUCAAGUAAAUCUCCUAUUCGUGGAGCUGAACCGGAUAACUUGGAGCCAGGCAUAUCUUUGAGCAGGACCAGACGAAGAAAUGUGAAGUCUGUGUAUGCCACUCAAGUGGGAGAGGAUGUUCCAACUCGUGUGGGAAAGGAGCUUACGGAAUCCCCUCGUUCGGCCCGAAAGAGAGGCACUGAUAAAGACGGUAAUCCGCCACAAAAUGUAGAAGAGAACUUGCCUGCUCCACCACAAGCAACUAAAAGGGGACGUCCGCCAAAAAUUAAAGGUGAAAAGCUGAAAGUAGACAAAGACAUGGAAUCCCAUGAAUCAGAAAGUGGUGAACGAUUUCCAAGAGGGCCAAAGGGGAAAGCUCACAUCACAAAAGGGCCAAAUCAACAGUGCUCAACCGCAUCUCAAGGAGCAGCGAAGAAGGGAGAAAAAAAUGAGUUGGGACAAGGUUUUCAAGAAUUAAACCGCCCAGACAUAGAUUUGGUAGAUGCAGUGGUUUCUGCUAAAGAUGACAUGCCGGUGAAAAUUGCCCAAACAUACGAUGAGAAACCAGCAAGAGAAACUGAUAAGGAAGACUUUAUAGAUGAAACCGUUUUGGAGGAUAAACCCAAUGGCAAAGAGGAAGAAUCUUGUGUGUAUGAGAACAGAGUCACCUCAGAAAAAGACAAGAAUGUUAAAGGAAAAACAAAGUCAUCUAGGACCCCAAAGUCUCCUGUUCUCAAGAACCUCAAAAUAAGACUCAAUGUUACUGAGGUCAAAGAUCAUGUAACUAAGUGUGCCAGUGUUGGCAAAGGAAGUGCCAACGCCGAAGAAGCCGACCCAUCUUCCCUGGAUAAGAAAGAACAUCUAGAAGCAUCUAAAAGCCUGAUUUCACAAGAACUGGAAUUGGAGCAGGCUGUUGAGAACAUCGCAAAACUGACCGAGCCUGUUUACCCAAGAGAAUUGCAGUCGCCACCUUCAUCCCAUGCUGAUGUAAAAAGUUUCUUGGAUGAAGAAAAACCUUCGAAUCCUGCAAGUGAAACUGAGCUCAUGGCUGCCAUUGGGUCCAUUACCACAGAUGAUACGGCUAUAGCUACCAGUCAAGCACCUUCUAUAACACCUGACUUGGUUUCGGAUCCAAAGGUUCCUGACAUGGUUGAACAUUUCAAGAAAGAUGAACAUGAGGAAAGCGCGCCUUUAGUGUCCGAGGAGCCUACUACACCCAGGCGUGGUAUGAAGGUAAAGCCUAAAACCCCGAAACGUUCCAAAGUCCAAAAACUCAGAAAAGAUUCAAAGGAAGACGUGUCUAUUGAAGAGCAGAAAGGAGUUUCAGAAAACGCCACACCUGCCGUGACUGGUGACCAAGAAACCACUUCAGUAACAACAAUUCCUACUGUUAUUACUUCCACCACUUGGAAGCCAGAAAUGGAGUCCCCUGUUCCUAAGUCUACAGAGCUGGAGUCAGAAGAAGAGCUCUACACAAAGUCCAUUAUUCCCAGACCACAAAGUCCAGUGUCUUCAAAGCCUGAGCCGGUCGUACCUGAGGCUGCCUCACCUUCCUCCUCUCCAACAGCAAACAGACAGACUCUCAGACCAAAUCCAUCUAGCAGAAUACCUGUCUCCCCUCCAGAUUGGCGCCAGCAGCCUAAGGACAUUGUAAUUGCAUCACCAGUAAUGCCUCUGGCACCCAGGGAACACACAUCCUUGCCUUCAGAUAGUGAAAGUGUGAAAACGGAUCACAGUACUAAUGACCUGCGGCAGAUUCUUGUGAAACCCAAAGGCGCUACCAUGCCCACUCCCCAUGAAACAAACAUGUCUGAAACUCAACCAAACAAAUCCCCACUUCAGGAUGGCAGAAUGCUGGUUCAUCUGCCUCAGCCUGUUGUCCGACCACCAACUGCCCUUCCACCUCAUGAAACGAAGUCUGCGAUAUCUGUGAUUGCUUCCACUGCGACCGUCAUCAGCAGAGUAUGCAACCCCCCCGAACCUGAAGAUAAAGCAAACGUCAAUAAGGACAGCCUGUGCGUAGAUAUUCCUGUGCAUGUAACUUCCUUCCGACCCAGCAAAGAGGAUGUACCACGAUACACUGGGCAGACUCUGGGUGAUGAUGGAGGCAGUGCUACUGGCUUUGCUGUUGAGACUCCUAGCCCCAGCACAGCGUCUUGUCCCGGGCUAAGAGUGAUCACAUCUGAAGGGGUGGUUGUGUUAACCCACUCUGGACAGAAAACUGAAGGUCCCCAGCGGAUAAGCGCCAAAAUUAGUCAGAUCCCACAAGCGACUGCAGGAGAAAUAGAAUCACAACAGUUGGUGUCCAUGCCACAAAUAAAACAGGAAAUAUACCAUCCUCAGUCUGGCCUUCAAAAGGGGGCUUCACAGGCGGAACAUGGCCAUCCUGGCAAGAUGCCCCUCUCACUGUCGUCCGUUAAACAGGAAGGUGCUGCUUUGGACAAAUUGGAGUCACAGUAUCAACCAGGACCUCAAGGAGUUGUGAAGCGUCUGACCCCAGGAGUUAAUCAGCAAGUUAUGGGCCCCAUGUACCAUCAAGAUUACAUAUCUAUGAAACAACAAAAGAAAAUGGAAGGCAUUGAUUCUCACAUUACGGAUGGAUCCAAACCAUCUUGGACCUCUGCUAUAAGCCCAGCCAUAAGCCCACACCUGCCCUCUCCACCUGCAAACCAUGUUAGUUAUGUUGCUGCGGCUGGAGAAAGAGCAUCACAUCUUGGAGCAGUCAAGCAGGAGCCUCCAUCUCCACGCAAGUCAGGCCACCCUCACUCUCCAUUUACCAAAGUGCCCUCUCCUAUAGGGUCUUCAUCACCCAAGGGCAUCCCUGUCAUGAUGCCCACUAGCAUUCCUGCCAUGCCGCAGUAUAUUACGAGUGUACAUCACCCAGAGCAGUCUGUCAUCAUGCCACCUCACAGUGUUCCCGGGAGCUUGGGCAGGAUGUCUCCCCACCGUGUCAGCCAAUCAAUACCCGUUGGUCACCUGGUUCAGGGCGAUGUGAGAGUAAACACCCCGCCACUCUCGGUCAUGAGCUAUGGAAUGCAUGGUGAACCUCUAGCCUCCCCGUGGUCUGGGUCCAUGCAGGCCAGACCCUCGACACCUCCGACCGUUGGAAGAGAGAAGGUAGUUAAGGUGAACUCUGGUCCUUUGAGAAGUCACGAAGGGGAGCAGGAAGAUGCCAGACGCUUCCACCAACAAGGGAGGCAGUCUGCCCAACAACUCAAACCAGACAUCAUGCCGUCGGAUCCUCGCAGCGCCCUGCGGAGUGGUGUCCAGCUGGAAACCUACAUGACACCAAGAGACAUGCGUGCGCUGCUUCACCAGCAGGGGGAGCGCACCGGACCUGAUUCACACCCUGCACUCCUUCAAGAUUCCAUUCCACCGUCUUCCAACAUGUCUCUGUCCUUGUCGCCAAGAGCGCACGUUUUGAACAAAGUAGUGUCCGAAAAGGAUUUAACAAAGCCGCUGGAGACAAAGAGGCCACACUCUCCGCUCCCCAAGGAUGGAAUGAUGGGAAUUCGACAGUCCGUUCCUGCCAUGGCGUCUCCUCAGAGGGUUCAACCUCUCCCACCAGGACCUGGUGGCCCUUUCGUAGAGUACUCAGGAAUGUACUCCAAUCCUAGGGCCCUUCAUCCCCAGAUGCCAGAGGCGGCAGUCGGAUUAAAUCAGCCUCCAAUGAAUAUUCCUCCCACCGUGGCUACAGAUGUCCAGUCGAAACCUGAAGGGAACAUGGCCGUUCUGCUCACAAAGUAUCCUAUUGUGUGGCAAGGUCUCCUUGCCCUGAAGAACGACACUGCCGCAGUCCAGUUGCACUUUGUCGGUGGAAGCAAGUCUUUGGCCCAUCGCUCGCUCCCACUGCAGGAAGGGGGCGCUCUGCUGAGGAUUGUCCAGAGAAUGAGACUAGAAGCGUCACAGCUGGAGAAUGUUGCCAGGAGAAUGACGGGCGAGUAUGAGUUCUGCGUCCUCCUGGCUCUGCCAUGCGGAAGAGAUCAAGAUGACGUUGUCAGCCAGACUCAAGCUCUCAAAGCUGCGUUCAUCAACUACCUGCAGGCAAAGUUAGCUGCUGGUAUCAUUAACAUCCCGACUCCAGGCUCCAAUCAGCCUGCCUACGUGCUUCAGAUUUUCCCGCCAUGUGAGUUUUCCGAGAGCCACUUGUCCCAGAUGGCCCCAGACCUCCUGAACAGGAUCUCCAGCAUCUCGCCGCAUCUCAUGAUUGUCAUCACCUCUGUGUAACCGACUUUUUCAGCCAGGAGCCUCAGGAAAACAGAGGGAUACACUUUUUUUUCCAGUUCGCAGUGGAGGAUGUCACCGUUUUUUAUUUUUCUACCAAGUUUUUCUUCCUUCUUUUUUUCCUACUCCAUCUGGUGUGUUUGUCCUUCUCAAGAGAACUCAGGGAUGGACCAAACCAGAGUCAGACUCAUUUGACCAUUUCUCUGCUGUAUUUCUAUUUAUUGGAAGUGAUUUUUUUUUCUAAUUUCAGAGAUCUGAGUUUCAAAAAAAAGAUCCGCUUGUUUAACCAAUGGCGGCUCUUGGUGGCCUUUUUUUCUUUCAUCUGAUUUUAUUCACGUGCAACAGAAGAGAUAGACAGCAGCUGAAAAAAAAGAGACUUUUCAUUGUAAUUUAAAAACACAUGUACAGAAGUGAUCAGAUGCUCCCUGCGGAGAGGAACAGUUGUGAAUGGAGAUCCUGGAGAGGACCAUGUUUGUUUACCAGCGACGUAAAUUCCACCAGUUCGGCUCAUUUCCCUCACACUACUGAACCAGUUUACACCUCAGCACCCGCCUUCGCUUCAAACAAGCUAUCAUGGGAUUGGGAAGUUUUUGAAUACAGGACUUUGUAAAUUUUUAAAUAUUUAAAUGUGGACAAGGAAGCUUGGACAGUGUGUCAGAGACAUGGACUCUGGGAGAUUCUACAGUGUGAAAAUUUAGAUGGAUAUCUUUGAGUUUUGGAUGUAAAUAAUUGUAACACAGGAAGGUUGGCAGACUCUUGUGUGGAGUCUGUCGACGGCACUUCAUAUUUUGUAACUCAAAUAAAACAAUCUCCAGAAGACUUGAAUAUUUAAGAUAUAAGAGGUUAUUUUUCUAUCAUGUGAAUGUUUCAUUAAUGUUUUUAUAGAAGCAAACAUGGGCCUAUUGGUCCCUCCGACGAGUAGAACUGCUGACUCAUGCUAUUUCUUGUGUCAUGGCUGCUGGCGGUCACAUCCUGGGAAAGUAUUGAGUUGUUUGUGAUGGGGGACUGGAAACUUGAUUGUGAGACAAAAUAACAGAAGGGCUGUGGCAGGUCAGUCACACCAUUACGACCACCUGUCUGUGUUGCUACACCUGUUCUGAGCCGCAGACACUUCUGUUCUGUCCCCCCCAAAAAACAUUCUGAUUUGUUGCAAGUUUUUCCUUCAUCUAGUGACUCAAUUUCCACAAAAAAGGUGGUACAGGAAGUGGCCAAGCACAAGAGGCACUAGUCUGUGUGUAUCCACUAACAUUUGUAUUGUGACCUGUUUUAAACUUGUUUAGCUAAUUCAGCUAAAGCGGCUUGACUGUUGGAUCCAAUUACAUUUGGCCAGCCUUCGCUCCCCUUGUAAAUAAUUGAGCCUGGAAACAGAUGCAGCAUGGUGGAGCAGUGGUUGGUGCCGAGGCUGUGUUUCUUCUGUCAACCUAUGUAGAGGGGUUCAGUGUUGAUAUAUGCGCAGCGUGCACCAUCAAUACUUUUUAGUUGCCUCACGUGUCAUCAACA